AGUUCCCCACCAUCCGCUUGACCCCGACAAUAAUCCACCAUUGCCUCCCCAACACACGCAAUAUGGCUCCUAAAUCUUUGGUGUUUGACCUGUCAAGAUGCGCGCGUCCAAAUAUUCUAGCCUUGGAGCCGUACCGGUGCGCGCGCGAUGACUACAAAGACGACGGCACGAAUAUCCUCCUCGACGCGAACGAGAACGCAUACGGACCCGGCCUAGCGCUUAACGAGGAAGGCAAGCUUUCAAACGCGACCGUCAAUGGCACAUCCGGCUCAGCACCAGCUAUCGACGUGGAUCUGCUUGGGUUGAAUCGAUACCCAGACCCCCACCAGAUAGAACUCAAGCAGGACCUCUGUAACCUGCGAAAUACCCACGUCCACACCUCGAAGACACUGUCGCCCGAGCACCUCUUUGUCGGCGUCGGCUCGGACGAAGCCAUCGAUGCGCUUCUCCGCGCGUUCUGCGUCCCCGGGAGAGAUAAGAUCCUCGUCUGCCCACCUACGUAUGGCAUGUACAGCGUGUCGGCGCAGGUCAACGAUAUCUCGCUCGUGAAGGUCCCGCUGCAGAUACCGGGCUUCCGGCUCGACGUCCCUGCGAUAAAGACCGCGCUAUCGAGCGAUCCGAGUAUAAAGCUGGCAUACUUCUGCUCGCCUGGGAAUCCGACAGGGUCGUUAUUGAGGAAGGAGGACAUACAACAGAUCCUGGAGCACGAGAGCUGGAAUGGCGUUGUGGUGCUGGACGAGGCAUACAUUGACUUUGCGCCCGAGGGCUCCAGUCUGGCGGAGUGGGUCGUGGAAUGGCCGAACCUGGUGGUUAUGCAGACGCUGUCGAAAGCAUUUGGUCUGGCCGGCAUACGGUUAGGCGCAGCGUUUACCGACCCGGCUAUCGCGAAGAUAUUGAAUUCGCUCAAAACACCAUACAACAUCUCGAACCCGACGAGUCAGUUGGCGCGAGUGGCCCUGAGCCCGAAACACCUCGAAGUUAUGCGGAAGAAUAAGGACCUGAUAGUGCGGCAGCGGGACAGGUUACUGGAGGAGCUACCGAAGGUCCCCGGAGUUGGCAGGCUUCUCGGCGGCACGGAGUCGAAUUUCUUGCUGUACGAGAUGCUUGAUGCACCAGCAAACCAGGGUGGUAAGCCGUCGAACGAGGCAGCUUUGGCAGUGUAUGAAGGUCUCGCAGAAGAGAAGGGCGUGGUGGUGCGGUUCCGAGGGAAAGAAUACGGCUGUCUAGGUUGCCUGAGGAUUACGGUAGGCACGGAGAAGGAGGUGGAUAGAUUCCUGGGCGAGAUCAAGGUCGUUUUGGAGAACAUUCACAGGAGUACUGGUAAGCUGGGGCCAAAGGAGGAAGAGAAGAGGGAGAAAGCGGCCAAUGCUGUGGUGGCAUGAAGCGGUUGGUUGCCGCGUGAUCACCGUGACAGUUCCUAUAGGACGGACUUGUCACAAAACACCACUACUUUGACCUAGGAAAGUUGUGGCAUUCGAGCAGCACCGGGUGUGGUAUUUGCGGACGUUGAUAGAAUGCUCGGGAGGAUGCCUCACAGCGAAACAUAGAUUUCUCAUCCGGCAUAUAGAGCAGCAAACAUAGAUGCUGAAGAAUAGAAGUAGGGGCCUGGCCAUUCUAGAGAUAU